GGGCCGGGGCGGCCGCACUUGUUGCGGGCCGGCGGCGCUGGCUGCGGGCGGCGGGGCAUGCCCCGGCGCUAGCGCGGAGAGGGGCGCCGGUGGGACCGGCCGCCGCCAUCGCCAUGGGGCGGUACUCGGGGAAGACGUGCCGCCUUGUCUUUAUGCUGGUGCUCACCGUCGGUUUCUUCGUGGCCGAGCUGGUGUCGGGCUACCUGGGCAACUCCAUCGCGUUGGUGUCCGACUCCUUCAACAUGCUGUCGGACCUAAUCUCCCUCUGCGUGGGCCUCUCCACGGGGCGCAUCGCCCGCCGCAGCCGACGGGGUCCCCGCGCCACCUACGGCUACAGCCGCGCCGAGGUGGUGGGGGCCCUCGGCAACGCCGUCUUCCUCACCGCCCUCUGCUUCACCAUCUUCGUGGAGGCCAUCCUCCGCCUCGCCCGGCCUGAGCCCAUCGAUGAUGCCCAGCUGGUGCUCAUCGUUGGCACCCUCGGCCUCGCCGUCAAUCUCGUGGGGCUCCUCGUCUUCCAGGACUGGGGGUCCUGCUGCCGCCGCCGUCACCGCCACCCUCCCACCCUGCCACCUGCUGCCGCCACGCUGCGGGCCAUGCCCGGCAGUGCCUCGACGGGGGAGGCGGAUGAAGCAGGUGAUUCACCAAAUGACCAAAAAAGCCCUGAAGAGGGGCCUGAGAAGAAAAAAGAGAAGAAGUCUGAAGCCUUGAACAUCAGAGGUGUUCUUUUGCAUGUUAUGGGAGAUGCACUUGGAUCUGUGGUCGUGGUAGUUGCUGCUACAAUCUUCCAUGUACUUCCUCUGGGGAAUGCUCCAUGUAAUUGGCAGUGCUACAUCGAUCCAAGCCUGACAAUAAUUAUGGUGUUCAUCAUCUUGUCUUCUGCAUUCCCGCUUAUCAAGGAGACCUCAAUUAUUUUGUUGCAGAUGGUUCCCAAAGGCCUUAAUAUGCAACUACUGACUGACAGACUAGCUUGUGUGCCAGGGGUUAGCAGCCUUCAUGAGGUGCAUGUCUGGGAGCUUGCAGGUGGAAAGAAUAUUGCUACUCUUCAUAUCAAGUGCCAAACUCCUACUGAUUACCAAGAUGCUGCUUAUAAAAUACGGAAGGUUUUCCACGAAGCAGGGAUCCAUUCUGUGACCAUUCAGCCUGAGUACAUUGACCACAAGACCUCCCACCUACUGUGCAGCUCACCCUGCAUCUCAAAAGCUUGUGACUCUCAGCUGUGCUGCAGUCAGCGGGAGCCCCCCCUGGCUAAAACUAACGGCUAUACUGAGAAAAAUGAUAGUUGCUUUUCUGCACUGCAUAAAGACAAUGGUUCAAGUAAAAAUGACACUGAAAUCCCUAUCGAGUACCCACUGGCAGAGGAUAGCAUUAAAAGCGUGAAAAAUUGUGGAGUGUCUGAUGAAAAAUCACAGUUGAGCAGUACACGACUUUAGGCAAUUCCCUCUACUCUGUGUAAUGUUUUCAUAGAACAAAUGUAUCCUGGCUGGGAAGGGGGUCGUUGGUGGUUGUAGCUGAAGUUGGUGUGGCAAAAAGAUUUUUGUGCUUUAGCUGUGAACCAAAACACACCUAAAUACCCCUUGUAUCUGAAAUAAGGAUUAAUAUUUCCACAAAGGGUGUUGCACUCAUCUAAGAUUAUUGUCAUACAGCCUAACCCAGUUCCUUACCAAACGACGUGUGAAUUUCUGUCGCUAGAGUGGAUGGGGUAUUGCCGUCUGCACUGAUGCUUGCAGUUAAUGGCCAGUGGCACUGGGAAUGAAACUCCAGCCCUUUUUGCUGAAGUGAGCUGUUUCUUGAAAGCCCUGUGGCCAGUUCAUGAUUGUACUGGGCUGAAGUACUGUAUAUUUAUAAAGGACUUCAGUAGAGAUGCUUUACUGAUCCUUAAAACCCAUUUUUGCAUAGACAGUUCAUUUUUAACAGUAAUGCUUGUACUUCUGGCCGGUGGGGUUUGUGAAUGAAAUUAAGAGUGUCUAUGGGAGAGGGGAAGCACUCAGGAAUUUUGACUUGCAUUGUUUUAUUGAUUGACUCUUGUAUUUAGGGACAAAGCAGAAGCUGGUCUUGCUUCUCUACUAGUAAUACUGGAGUCUUAGCCUAAUCACAGAUAAGUAUGCUAAAGAGUAGACUUCUUGUCAUGAAAGUAAAGUUAUGCUAACAUUGUCUGUACUGAUUGUAGCAAAUGGAAAUGCAAGCAGUCAUCCAGUUAACUUUUAUCUUGUUCACUGUUGUGAUUGUACAACUCAGUCUUUUUUUUUUUUUUCCCCCUCUUGACAGCAGAAAUUAUAAUAGCCACGAUCUGAAUUCAUCAUUGUGUGGGUUGAUUGCAGUGUCUUUAACACUGAGUGCCAUUAUUCAUGGUGAAUAAAUAAGCUAACAUGUUUAUUAUGAACAAUUAACAUUCUGCCGUUCUAUUAUUAAGACAAAACAUAAUAGUGCAUUAAUUAGGAAAGUUCCUUUAAAGUUUUAUAUACAGUGUUAUCUCUUAGAGGGAGCUUAAAAGAAAAAAUUACAGGGAUUUUUUCCUUGUUUAGUCUUGAUUAUUUCUUGCUGAUAUAUUUUAAAGCUCUAAGCCCUGCCCUCUGCCCUGCCCCUCCUCCCCAUGCCCAACGGUGUAUUUCAAAGUAUAUUUAGUGUAGCAGUUCCUUUAUCUCUUUGCUGCUUUUUCAUUUUGAAGGCAUGUGAGGGUGCUUUAAGGAAAACAAGAUUAUGUGCCCUGUCACCAGUGCUGGAUUUAGGUCAGGUCUGUUCCCCAGGUGUUUGGGAGAGGAAACCCACUAUCUAAUCCACACUGAGUGUAGUGCUUAGCCUCACUGGCUAUACGGACCAGAUCCAGACGCUUUCAAAUAUGUUUUGCUGUCAAAAGCAGCCUUUCAAUGGUCUGUGGGGCCUGGGCAGGCUAUUUUAUUAAUUUGUUUAUGGGGACACCUCUAUAAAAUAGCGGUGCCUUUACCUCAGUGACACCUUAACAGAAAGGGAAAAUUGAUUUCCUGCCUGGGCUGGGAAAAUACCAGGACCUCUUCGUAAGGCUGGCUAGAAAGCAGCCACCUCCUUAUUAAUAAGGAUGAUUACGUUAAGUCAAUGAAUAUUAAAACACACAGCAGGCUAUUUUGCUGCUUGGAAAAUGCAAUUCGCUGAAGGAGUGAUUGCAGUCUAAAUAGCACAUAUCUAGAUUUGUAGUUACCCCUCUUGAACAGAUUAUUGGGUGAAUUAAUAUAUAUACAUUAAUUUUAUAGCCUUCCAUCAUAGGGUUGUAUUAUAUAAAUUAAACUAUGUGUUAGUAUAAUUAAAAGCUUGAUUUUAUGGUCUGUUUGAUUCUGGUGGCAGCAGCAGUGGUGAAAGCAGCAAGAUCUUGCUUGGCAGUUAUUGCACGAAUUAAUGUAAAUCAGGAAACAUUUUAAGAAUUGCUCUGUCUUUUAAAAGCGUGUGGCAUAUAGUAAGACAGCUCUUUUGUUUUUUUUUUUCCUUAUUUUCAUCCGUGAUGAUGUUUAAAUGUCAGGGUUUAGAUGUAAAUAACAAAUAUAUUUAUAGGUUUUUUUGAGAACUGGAAUAGAAAGCUCCCAAAAUAACAACAAAGUCUAUGGGAGAACUUGCUUCCCAGAUACCCUCUAAAACAAGCACCCUUUCAUAAUUAUGGAUUUGUGUCUUACGUCAGGUAGUCUUUUUAUAUAUACAUUUUAUUAAAUCGUUGAAAGAUGGAAUGCCAGUAUUGUUCACUCUGAAAUUAGAGAAAACAAGUAUGUGUAAUGUUGAGGCAUUUAACAAAAUGGACCAUCUUUUUCUUUAUCCUUCCAGUGUUUGUUAAAACUGUGAUUAUCUAUUUUUUAAGUUUUCAAAAGUGUUGUAACCUGAAAAUACAAUGAAGUAACCUUCUUAAACAUUUUUCUUGUCUGGUUGUAUGUACUGUAAUUGUUGGCUGUGAAUAAAUAGGAAAGUACCAGGGGUUAUAGAAAUCUUCAGGUCUAGAAAACAAGCAGAUUUAAAAAUUGCUUUAUUACUUAAGCAAGCAAAACCAACAGAGCUACAUUAUUUAUGAGGUGAAUGUUAUUUUUUCUGUGUAGGGACUUUCAGGGUAUCCAAAUAAUGUUUCUGACCCAGUAUCCUUGUUUUUAUUUGAGUUCUGGAAGAAAAUACUUUUAUGCUCUGUUUUAAGUGUGUCACGACUAGGCUCUACUGGCUGGCCCCUCUCUACUUCUGUAAAAGACUUCAUUCCAAUCAGUGCCUAUUUUGUAUUGGCUUAUUUCCUUUCAGUUCUUGGCAUAGCUCUUCUAAUUCUCAUGAAUUAAGCUUAUCUCAUUUUGAAAUACAUUAUAUUCCAAUAUUUUCCCUUAUCUAUGGGCACUUGUUCUAAAUUCAGUUUUGUAGUGUGUUGCACUGUUGAAAAAAAUAUCUUUUCUGGCCUCUUUAGCUUAACUGCUUUUUUCCCCCUCCAAUUCAGUAACGUAAAAUUUCUGACAAUUACAGGUUGAUUGUGCUACCCUGUCCUCUUCAAUUACUCCCUUCUGAUUGCAGCGGAAUGGCAUUCAGUUUCUCUUGCAGGGGUCGCCCCUAUCUGUCCAUCACUGUCUGUAGCAAAGGAAAUAUGCUUAAAACACAGGUGAUUUUCAACUGGAUGUCCAGCUUAUGUGGCCCUCUGAUCCAUAACCAGUCAUAUAUGUGAUCUAGUUGUAUCACAACGAAGCGUUUGUUAGCCUUGGCAGAUAGUUUUGGAGCAAGAGUGAAAUCUGGAAUAAAUUAACAUGGCAUUGAAUGCAUAAGCAAUUUAUUGGUCUUUGUCAGUCGUGGGUCUUUUCUUAACGUGAAAUCAAUUUGUCACCUUUUCAUAUGUUAACCUUUAACAUAUGUCAAAUUGACAAAUGUCAGUUCGAUAGUUUUUCCUUCUUUUGUAACUCUCUAAAUGCAGAUCUUGCCUUUGCUUUUCUAUGUAAAGAAAACUAACUGAUAAUAUUUUUAGGAGUAUUGCGUUUGUUUCGCCAAAUUUUCAGUUGACUUCCUUCUCAUUGUGUUCUUCAUGAUACUUAUUUUGACUUGUAGUGCAACAGUGGUUUUUUUCUCUUAAUGUUUUUCUUAUUCUUUGUCUCUUCAAUAAAAGCGGUAUGGUCUUGCUA